UUCCACUUUAAGCACAUACGCGGCGAACGCCCGACGGACGGUUGGUUGUAAAUUCAAAAAAAAAUUCGAACAAGCAGCAAAACAAAGAACGAGAACGGGUGCAUAAAAGAAAGCUGAACGGGCAAAGUGAAUUAAAACAUCCGAUCGUUUUAAAAAUGCGAGGUUUUCCAAAACUUCAUCGCCUAGACCAGAGAAGUUUUGCCACAAAACGCAAUUUUGCCAAACCCUACAAAGAUAUACCAGGGCCCAGUGGCUUUCUGGGCCUGGGUAAUCUUUACAACUACAUGCCAAUCAUUGGAAAAUAUUCGUGGUUAGAGUUACAUAAAGCCGGCUAUGACAAAUAUCGAAAAUACGGUGGCAUUGUCAAGGAGACCAUGGUGCUUGGCCAAGACAUUGUUUGGCUGUACGAGCCCCAAGACAUAGCCACCCUGUUGAAUGGCAGAGAUUACCCACUGCGGAGAAGUCAUCUGGCCUUGGCAAAAUAUCGUCUCGAUCGUCCGCAUGUUUACCGGUCAGCAGGUUUAUUGCCGACAAAUGGUGCAGAAUGGUGGCGUCUAAGAUCGGAACUGCAAAAGGAAAUCAGCGCACCAAAAAGUGUGCGCAGCUUUUUAAUGGCCGUGGAUAAAGUUACUAAAGAAUUUUUAAGAUAUUUGCCAAAGUCGCAAGAAGUCGACAUGUUGCCAAAAUUGUCUCGCUUGAAUUUGGAAUUAACCUGCCUGGUAACCUUUGGUGAACGUCUCUAUUCAUUUUCACCCGAAGAACAAGAUGAAAACUCAGUCUCCUCCAAACUGAUGCGGGCGGCCGAGACCACAAACAGCAACAUUUUACCCACCGAUCAAGGUCUAGGCAUAUGGCGUCACUUUGAAACUGGGCCCUAUAAAAAACUACGCAAAGCUCAGGAAUACAUGGAAAGUGUGGCGGUGGAUUUAGUUUCCCAGAAAUUGGUAUUCUUUAAGGAGGACCAGAACACCGAAGAGGAUCCCGAUAAUCUAUGGUCUCUUCGAAGGAAUUCCUUGGUGGAGGAGUAUAUGAAAAAUCCCAAUUUAGACUUAUUCGAUGUGGUGGGUAUGGCAGCUGAUCUUCUGCUGGCAGGCGUAGAUACAACCUCAUAUACCACUGCCUUUGCUUUGUAUCACAUAUCACGACAUCCGGAAGUACAGAGGCGAAUUUAUGAAGAAUCUCUGCGGGUGUUGCCCAGCAAGGAUACUCCACUUUUGGCGGAUCACUUGAAUUCGGGCAUACCUUUUACAAGAGCAACGCUCAAGGAGGUGUUUCGUUUAAAUCCCAUCUCCAUAGGUGUGGGGAGAAUACUUACCAAGGAUUUGGUGUUUAGUGGAUAUCAUGUGCCAAAGAAUACUGUGGUGGUUACUCAAAACAUGAUUGCUUGCCGUUUGGAGAAAAACUUUCCGGAUCCUGAGGUAUUUAGUCCAGACCGUUGGCUGGGUCAAGCCAAAGGUUGCAUCAAUCCUUACCUGGUGCUUCCCUUUGGUCAUGGCAUGAGAUCCUGCAUUGCCCGGCGUCUUGCCGAACAAAACAUUUUAACAUUUCUAUUGAGGCUCAUGCGUAAUUUCGAAAUCGAAUGGAAAGGUGACGAUGAGGAAAUGGAUGUCAUUACACUGUUGAUCAAUAAACCCAGCCUGCCAGUGAGCAUACAGUUGCAUGAGCGACUUUAUUGAACGAAAACUUUCGAUGGCCCAUUAGAAUUGUAAAUGGGCGCAGCAUGGACCAUUUCCUAAAGCCCUCAACAAUACAAAAAAAAAACACAUACGAAGAAUAUUCUGAAGAUGGCGUUGGUUCUUUAUUUUGUUCAUGUAUGUAGAGAUGUGUGUGAUUUGUUUCGUCAUGUUUCAUGUGGCAACGAAUUUUACUUAAGUCAAAAGCAACAAAUUUACAAUUCUUCAAAUAAUUUUAUUGUUUCAAGUUGUAGAAAGAAGAAAAAUGUUUUAACCAAAACAAGCAAAAAAAAAAGAAGAGAA